AUGGCCCACGCCGCCCAGCUCGGCGCCCUGACCGAGGAGCUCGUCGAGCUCGUCACCUCCACGUCGAGCAAGCCCCUGCCGAAAACAGAACGCUCCCCAUCGCUUCAACCGCUGCCGCGAAGCCUCCAUCCGCACCCUGCGGUACCACAACUUUCUCCGCACGAACCAGUUCGACGUCGAGAACCGCCUCGCCGGCCUCGAGGAGCGCUUCAGCGUCCACCACGCGACGGCCUCGCCCGGGCCCUCCGCCAGAGUCUCGACGCCUUCGCCCCGCUCCGCACCAAAUGGGCCCCCGACAUCCUCCACUUUCUCCUCGAGAUCGCCGACCAGCCUGCGCAGAAGACGGACCUCCAAGACCUCGCCCUCCUGCACCGGCCGAAAGAAGGGGCCGGCCCACCGCUCACGUGGGAGGACAUUGCCAGGGAGGACGGGUGGCAUCGCGAGCCGGAUCUGUGGCGGUCCGUAGACUUUCGCGACAGCUCCGACGAUGAGGACUAUCAGGACGACACGUCCGGCGCGGGCCACGACUCGGACGACACGUCCGUUGCGGCCUCUGACGCACUCGCUGUACGGCGGCCCGAGGAUUUUCAGGUCGAGACGCGGCACGAUGCUGCCUUGCAGGCGGUGCAGCAGAGCCAGUCGUGGCGCCUGCCAGACGGGCACCAGCAACCCUCGGCAGGGCCGUCGCGCAAGAUGGCCGUGUCCGAGUUUCACAUGAUCAGAGAGGCACUGUUCAUGCUCCAGGGACUGGAGACGUCGUUGUUUCAGAAGCACGGCCAGCCGGACCCCGCGUACCAGGUGGCCAGCAUGGCGUGGGAGACGUGCAAGGCACUCGUCGGCUGGUUCGCCGAAGCGGGCCGCCGCCUCGCCGUGCUGCGGUCCUUUGCGAGCCGGAGGCAGACGAUGCCGCUGUUGCAGGUCUUUCACGCCAAUGUCAUGACGAGCCUGCAGUCGUUUGACAAGGAACUAUCACGGAUCCAGCACCGCCUGAUCGCCCCGCCGCGAGACACCGUCGUGAGUUCCAUCGCCCUGCAGCGCGAACUCGGUCCGCACCUCGAGCCCCUCAAUGCGCUGUCCGACAUUGUGCGCCAGCUCGAGGAGGGGCCCCAGGCUGGCGCCUUUCGAUACCUCGAGCUGCUCUACCAGCACGUCGGCGCCGCGCAGGCCCGCUGGCAAGAAUGGCACGUACGAGUUUCUGGGCCGCAUGUUCUUCGAGUGCUUCCAGAUGUACCCCUGAACCAAAUCUGGCAGGAGCAGUUCAAGCUGAGGCGCACAUCCGACGGCAAGCUGCAUGUGCCCAACUUUCUAGAACCCAGCGCCGCCAAGAUCUUCACGGCCGGCAAGAGCAUCGUCGUGCUGAAGCAUCUGGGCAAAUACGAAUCGACCCGCGCCCAGUGGAACAGGCCGGAGCCCCUGUUGACCUUUGACGCCGUCUGCCCUGAGGGGUCUGACUUUGCGCCCUUUAACGAGCUCUUCGGCUCGGCGUUCGGCUCCUGGAUCCAGAGCAAGCAUCACGCGACAUCCGAGGCGCUGAAACAGGUCCUCUUCGCAUCCUGCGACUUGUGGUCCAACAUUGACGCGCUGGAGUCGCUGUACUUCAUGUCGGAUGGCUUCGUCGCCGAUGCCUUUGCGCGGAAACCUGUUUGCCAGGAUCGAUGCCGCCAAGCCCGACUGGCACGACCGCUACCUGCUGACAGGGCUCGCGCAGGAGGCUUUCUCCUCACGCACUUGAGCGCGCAGAGCGGCCACAGGGCGGCGCAGGAAGCCGAAGAGAGGCACGAGCUGUCGCGGUUGUCGGUCAUGUCUUCACCGCCGCCCUACCAGCAGCGGGGCGGCACACCGAAGAGGGCCCGCCCUGCUCGGUGGGGGCGGGACAGCGACGACGACGCCGUCGACCAAGAACUAGACACAAACGAGGACACGGGAGAGAGACAGGAUCGUCAUCAACGUCAUCGUCGAGGCCGAGGUCCCGCAGCGGAAUCCUCGGGACACCAGGACGAAACGUACACUGCGAUCUUGGCAGGGAUCAGCGGCGACCUCGAGAGGCACAUGAGAUUCAUCUGCGGGGGCCUGCGGGGGGUCGCGCGGGCGUCGAGCGACGAGGCGGCCGCCAAGUGGGAUAUGCUUGCAGAAAUGUUGGAGUCUGGUGUUGGCGGGGAGCUGUAG